AUGGACGAGAUGGAGAAUGGGGAAGGGGGCGGGACGGGGGCGGUAGGAGAGAAACGGGGAAACGUGGGUGGAAGCGAGAGCGAGAGCCAGACCUUCUACGUACCUUGCUGGAACUCUGGUAGCCACGGUCGUGUUCACAUCCAACUCUGCUUUCCGUGUCGUGGCAAAUUCGCCAAUCGGACGCGAGUGUACGCCUUCGUAAUAUCGAGCAACGCCCUUUUCGAAUCCCCACUUGGGGCUCCACUUGAUGUUAGUACCGUCGACGGCGGAGUCGCUCUGGCGGUGGAAGUCCUAGUGGGGUGUCGACUGGUUGGGUUGCUCUACCGGACCGUGGUCCCCCACUACGGUGGGGCAAGCGCCUCGUUUAGCCUGCGGCUUGGAGGCGGCCGCGAUGAUGCGGCGAACUUAAUCCCAACGAUUCAGCGUUCACAGAUUCGUUGGUUCUGUCAAAGUGGGUUGUCCACCUGGGAAGCGUACGAUAAUCGUACGAUGAUGCCGCUCGCGCCGACGCCAAUCGUCCCGGUGCCAUCUAAGCCGAAAAUCGGCUUUAGCAUCGACUCGAUCGUCGGCGGCGGGCAAGGAGGCCGCGAGGCGGAUCGUCUGGAUCGCCUGGAGCGAGUCGAAAUCGAUGGCAGUCCGAUGGAGAUAGUCGAGGGCUCGUCCUCGCCGCGAUCGCGCCGGGUCGCCACGAGAUCACCCGGUGCUCAUUCCGAAGGCUCCGAUCGACCCGUUUCUAGGAGUUCCUCUGUAGAAUCAUAUCCGAACUCACGACGGACACCGUCGCACGCCACCGUUGGUAGCGGCGGCGGCGGAGGUCAUCAUCACCUUCAUGGUACCAAUCAUCACGGUAUUCCGCAUCAUCACAAUCUGUCAGCGACACAUCUAGACUUUGGUCGAACAACUGUUCACAGCCACAGCGGCGGCUCCACGCCCAACAACAGCCCUAGUCCGCCGCACAGGAUACCACACGGGGAUUCACCGGUAGGCUCGCAUCCUCAACCGCCCCCAGGGGUAGUCAGGCCCAGCCCGAACUACCUCGCGCCACCACCUAGCGCCGCGACGGCUGCGGUCAUGGCCGCGGAGCAGCUCAAGUCUUUAUAUGGACUACCCGCCAGCCAUAGUCCCGCGGGACCGCAGACUGGCCAAAAUGAAUACCACACACAGCAAUUGGCUUUAGCUGCCAAUUUGGCUGCGGCCCAGCACUUCCAGGCGGCGAAUAUCGCGGUGGCGCUUCAGGCGCAUCACGGUGCGACACCCCAUGGACCGCCACAUGGGCCUUAUCCACACGGUGGGACCCCCGGCGGGCCACAUCCGCCUCCUCAUCCCCAUCAACCGCCUAGAGACAGCUACCCCUUAUACCCUUGGUUGCUCUCAAGGCAUGGUAGAAUUUUUCCACACAGAUUUCCUGGCGUUAAUUCGCAGUUCAUUUUCAAUCUCCGUUUACCCAAUCAAUCGCUAAAUACGGUAGAGAACAUUCCGCUAUUGACGCCGACAGGUAUUACCGUUGCAAUUACAUCUGAGAUUUUCCAGAUAACAGGCAGCCUCUCAUCCUUGAGAGGUCCCGACAUACCCGGCUUCUUACUUCAACCCUUCAGGAAGCCGAAGAGAAUAAGAACAGCCUUCAGUCCAAGCCAACUGCUUAAGCUGGAACACGCCUUCGAGAAAAAUCACUACGUCGUCGGCGCGGAGAGAAAACAGUUGGCGCAAGCGUUAUCAUUGACCGAAACUCAGGUGAAAGUAUGGUUCCAGAAUCGGCGGACAAAACACAAGCGGAUGCAACAGGAAGAAGAGGCGAAGGCCCAACAACAAUCGGGUGGUGGAGGUGGUGGAGGCGGAGGCGGUGGUGGAGGUGGUAAUGGAAAUGUUAACAACAAUAGUAACAACAAAAACACGCAUCAUGUCAGCAAAUGGCAGCAGGAGACCGGCGAUUAUCAUCACGAGGAGGAGGAUGAAGAGGAACACAUCGAUCCGGAAGCUGAGGAAUGCUCAAGCGGCUCCGAAGCGUAGCUAGACGUUCUCUGCCUGGAUUAGGAUCCAGGAUCGAAUAAACUAUCCUGCACAGACUUCGAGGAGAGACCGAAAAAGAUGGAGGUCAUACAAUGAAGUCAUCCAAGGAAGAGAAUAGCGCGACAUCAACUAAUCGACUUAGGUUUGUUCGAGUUCGUCAUCGAGCAUCGGAGGAUUAAAUUUACUUCGAAAUGUCUACGAUCGUGUUAACGUUAUGCGCAGGAAGCUAAUAGCAAUGAGUAAAUUGCCAUGGAAUAGUAACAACGCGGCGUUUUUCACAUCAAAUUACGGUCGAAGCUUCGGGUAUGAGUCCGAUGUACAAAAGAAAAAUCAGAAGGUUCGGAAAUCGUGACAGCGACUGGCGACGGUACGGUACUCACCAUAUUGCGACUGAAAGCGUGACAUCGUGAAUACGAAAAUAUUUGAGUUGCUUGUCGAAUAAAAGAUCUAGGUUCGAUUACUACACUUGCCAUCUCGAAUAUCGACACUAAGAAUUUUGAGUGGGGAAAAUAUUCCACUUUAAUUC